AUGAGUUCAUCAGAUCCCAUAAGUUUUAACGUUAUUAACGAAAUAAGAGAGUCUAGUUCACCCAGAAAUACAGAUGACUAUCCAGGACUACGUGAACAAGCAAUCGCUAACUUUCAGAAACCAAACCUACCAAAUAUAAAUGUUCCUGAAAGAAUUAUUAUCUGCCUUGAUGUCUGUUGUGAUAAUCAGAAUUCAUUGUAUCGCCUAGGUGAUGGAACUACAUUUACACCUCUUAACAUGCUAAAACGUGUUCUAGAUUUUUUUAUACAUUCAAAGCAUACCAUAAAUAAAAGAACUGAAUUUGCUUUAAUAAUACUGAAGGAUGCAAGUGCUUUUUUGGUUCAGAAUUUUACUAAUAAUGUUAGAGAUAUCAUUCAUACCAUAGAUUUUGUCAAUGCUGAGGACUCUGUGUCAGAAACAUUUGAUUUUAAACAUGUUUUUGAUAUUAUUAAACAGGAAGUAGAAAUACCCGAGUAUAAACAAUCAGAGUGUAUGAUUCCUCCUCCAUAUAUUGUGAGAAUGAUUGUUUUGUAUGCCCGUUCCAAAUGUGUACCCUUUAUAGCACAAGAAGAUUCUUAUUUGACCUUUUUAAAAAUACAAAUGUAUUUUUAUAUAGAUAUUCUCUUUGCCCAUGAAGAUGAAUGUAAUCUAUUUCAAUGUGAAGAAAUAUAUGAUGCUCUGCAGAAUUUAGAUAAUGGAUAUUCUUAUGUCUUUGAGGUGUCUAGGAAUGCAGCCAAAAUCCAUGAAAGCAUUGCUAAGUUAUUAGCACACCCCUUGCAAAGGUUAUUACAAAAAAAUACAGACUAUGGUUUUGGUACAAGAUGUUAA